AAAGUUGCGAAAUCGACGCCGCACCACAUCGGACGAAAGGUCAAGACCGCCGCGCGCGCUGCCCGUCACAGACCAUCUUAUAACACAAUCCUCGUGCUUUCGCAUCGUCGACUUCAAGAGGGUUGCAAUCAUGGCGGACAACACGCCAACCUCUGCGGAGACCCUGCUCAACGGGGCCGCCUCUCAAGCCCCUAAGACGUCUGAAGAAAUCGUCAAGGAAUACGACCUGCUCCCUAAACUGAUCUCUCAUUUCGACCGACACCUGAUUUUCCCGCUUCUCGAAUUUGCCGCCGGCCAGGAGGAGGAGCGUGCCGAGGAGAUCACCAAGACCAAGUAUGAACUUCUUAAGCACACGAACAUGACCGACUACGUGGCCAGCCUAUGGCAAGAGAUCAACAACGCCGAUGAGCCUUCCGAGGAAUUUGCGAAGCGAAGAGAGGAGGUUCUGCAGAAGCUGCAGCAGUAUGUUGAUGAGACAAGCAAGAUUACUGGUCUUCUUGAUGAUGAGGAGGUUGUGGGAAGCCUACGAAGCGACAAGAUUGCCAAUUUGAACUAUCUUAAAGAGCAGCAUGGUGUGACCAUUGAGAUGGUGAACGCUUUGCAUGACUUUGGACGAUUCCAGUACAACUGCGGCAGUUAUGCAAAUGCCGCUGAGCUGCUCUACCAGUUCCGUGUCUUGUCUACCGACAAUGACAAGGUUGCUUCUGCCACCUGGGGUAAGCUGGCGUCAGAGAUCCUGACGACCAACUGGGUCUCGGCCAUGGAGGAAGUUCAGAAGGUCAAGGAGAGCAUCGACACUAAGCUCUUCAACAACCCGCUCGCUCAGCUGCAGCACCGGACAUGGCUCAUCCACUGGGCCCUUUUCCCCUUCUUCAACUACGAGCCCGCCAAGGAUACCCUCUGCGAGCUGUUCUUCUCGCCCCCUUACAUCAAUACCAUCCAGACUAGCUGCCCGUGGAUCUUGCGGUACCUGGCUGCCGCUGUAAUUACAAACCGGAGCCGAAGCCGGAACACUGGUCAAUACCAAAAGCAGCUCAAGGAUUUGAUCCGUGUUGUCCGACAAGAGAAUUAUGAAUACCACGACCCCGUCACCGAUUUCAUCAAGGCUCUCUACAUCGACUUUGACUUUAAGGAGGCCCAACAGAAACUCGGCGAGGCCGAAGACGUUCUUCGUGGCGACUUCUUCCUGGUCGCCUCCGCCGACGCUUUUGUCGACUCUGCACGACACCUCAUUUCCGAGUCCUAUUGCAAGAUCCACCAGCGGAUCGACCUGAAGGACCUGUCGACCCGGCUUGGUCUGAGCCAGGAUGAGGGUGAGAAGUGGAUCGUCAACCUCAUCCGGGAUACACGCGUGGACGCAAAGAUUGAUUACAAGGAGGGUACCGUAGUCAUGAACCACCCCGCUUCUUCCGUCUACCAGCAAGUCAUUGAGCGGACGAAGGGCGCUUUCUUCCGGACCCAGGUUCUCAGUUCUGCUGUUGGUAAAUAAACUGCGUGCAUGUUCAUCUCUGGCGUAUAUUGGUUUUCUAUCGUGUCAUAUAGGGUUUGAAAGCCUUAUGAUGUCUAUGGCUAGAUAUGACAAAAAAAGUCUGCCGAGAAUCGCUCGUCUUUAAUGAAUUUCUAAUCUGCUUGACUGCCUGUGCAAAUUUGCUUCCAAACCGGUC